CUGAAAAAGGAUGAAAUACAGUAUGUAAGGGCCAAGUUGACUGCAUACAUACAAGGAGUUCAUUGAUUGGAUGAGCCCUGGCUGAGUUUUACCUGUGAAAAGCUGUAGAUGGCAUGGAGCACAAUUAUCAGGAGCUGCCUUUAGAAGAAAGCAUGGGCGAACCUUCACAAAAAGAACAAGUUCCCAAGGACAUCUCAAGCACACAGCCUCAUGAAGAUGGAGGUGGUGGUGUUUCUUUUUCACAACCGGGUCAAGGUUCAUUAGAGCCUCGGGUAGAUGAUCCAGUGCUAUCCAAUGGACGUCAGGGUCAGACACAGUAUGCAUCCACAGCUGAGAAUGGUGGAACAUACUUUGAUGAAAGGAUUCCAAUUCCAGACCAAGAAAAUUAUGCAUUCAGUUUCCGUAAGUUAUGGGCUUUCACCGGGCCUGGUUUUCUGAUGAGUAUCGCUUACCUGGAUCCUGGUAACAUAGAGUCUGACCUACAGUCUGGAUUUGUCGCAAAGUUCAACUUGCUAUGGUUACUGAUGUUUGCUACCCUCCUGGGUCUGCUGCUCCAGCGACUGGCGGCCAGACUGGGCGUGGUCACCGGUAUGCACCUGGCGGAGGUGUGUUACCGGGAGUAUCCCAAGUACCCUCGGAUCUUUCUCUGGAUCAUGGUAGAGAUUGCAAUCAUAGGUUCGGACAUGCAGGAGGUGAUCGGAACGGCUAUCGCGUUCUAUCUGCUCUCUAAUGGAAAAAUCCCUCUUUACGCAGGUGUCCUGAUAACCAUCACAGACACAUUUGUCUUUUUGUUUCUAGAUAAAUAUGGUCUACGUAAACUGGAAGCCUUCUUUGCAUUCUUGAUAACAGUAAUGGCAUUUACCUUUGGCUAUGAGUAUAUUGCUGCAGCUCCAGAUCAGGUUGAGGUUCUGAAAGGGAUGUUUGUGCCAUCGUGUGGGGACUGCGGAGAAGAGGAGAUUCUCCAAGCUGUCGGGGUCAUCGGGGCUAUCAUUAUGCCUCAUAAUAUAUACCUGCAUUCAGCUCUAGUCAAGUCACGAGAUGUGGACAGAACUAAGAAAGAGGCUGUAAAAGAGGCUAACAAAUACUAUUUCAUCGAGGCUAGUAUCGCUCUCCUGGUUUCCUUCAUCAUCAACCUUUUCGUUGUCUCCGUCUUUGCAGAAGGACUUCAUGAUAAAACAAAUGCACAAGUGCAUAACAAGUGUGUGGAGCACAAUCUUAAUAUGUAUAUAGAUGUAUUCCCGGAUAACAACUCACUGGUUGAGAGUGUCGAUUUGUACAGAGGGGGUGUGUUUUUAGGUUGUCAGUACGGUGCUGCUGCCCUCUACAUUUGGGCCAUUGGGAUCCUGGCAUCAGGUCAAAGUUCAACGAUGACAGGUACUUACGCAGGGCAGUUUGCAAUGGAGGGCUUUUUAAAUCUGAAAUGGUCCCGAUGGAGGCGGAUCAUUUUGACCCGGUCAAUCGCCAUCUGUCCCACCAUCCUCAUAGCCAUCUUCAGUGGUAUCGAUGACCUCACCGGAAUGAAUGACCUACUUAAUGUCCUCAUGAGCUUACAGCUUCCAUUUGCAUUAAUACCUAUCCUGACAUUCACCAGCAGCAAGCCUAUUAUGGAUUCAUAUAAAAAUAAUCUCUUUUCAAUUAUAACAUGCGGCUUGUUAGCCAUAACGGUGAUCGGGAUCAACAUCUAUUUUGUAGCAGUCUUCCUACCCCAGUUGCCACAUCAUUGGGCGAUGUACCUCUUAGAAGCCAUUAUUUUGGCGAUCUACUUUGCUUUUAUAUUUUACCUGGUUGCCUUCUUUGCACAAAUGAUUGGAUGCAAAUUUCCUCCAUCAAUACAGCCGUACUUCACAGCAUCCGCUACGUCCUACAGUUUGGACCAUACAGAGUUUCACGCUGAUGACGACGAGGUCGAGCUUUCAGGAUCAUACGGUCCGAGAGAACUCACAUCUUUCCCCAAUGAAGACACAAGGGAUGAUAUCCAUGGAGAUUAGAUGCAGAGGGGAGACCUUGACCAUUUGAUACUGCUACUUGCCUCUAUGCCAUGGCAAUCAAAUGUUGGGCUGACGAUCAGAAGGACGUAACUCAGUUUUGGCCAUUUUUAGGAUUUGGUACCAAAGACAAGUAAAUAAGCAUCACCCACAGAUUCUGGAAGCCGUAUAGAAGGAUAUAAUUCAAUUUGUGCCAUUUUGAGAAUUCGGUACCAAGUAAUCUAACCAAAUUAUUUUUCUAUUGCCUUCAAAGUAUUGAUGAUUGUUAAGUUUUUAACAACACAAAUAUGUCGUAACUGUCAAACAGUUAUUCUAAAAAGAUUUAGAAUGUAUUCUAAAAUCUAAUACAUGUCGAUAUCGUUGGUAGAAUAUUGUCAAACAUUGCUGCUCUCUUAAUAAUUUUGUUGUAGUUACAUCUGUCUCCUUUUCAUUUCGACGUUUAGCACAAGAAAUAUUAAGUCACAAACACAGCUCAGAAACACCAUUUUUCCUUGGGUAUGGAUCCGGUAGUACAUCAUUUGAAAUAUUACAAUGUAUCUUUUCAUUUAAACACAACACAAGGUUUUCACUCUAUGUCUUCAUUAUUUCAUAUUCUUAUCAAAAUAUAGCAAGUUUGCUUUUUACUACAU